CCAAACUUGUUUAAUUCCAGGCAAACAAUCCUAUCCUUAACUCCAUCAAAAGCUAUCUUCCAGAAUUCCUUUCACUCUACAUAUCAAUGUACCAUGAAACACCAUUCAUCUUCUUCACUCUGCAGCCUUGUGUUUAACUAACUAUGCUUUCCACAAUGAACUUCUUCUUCUUCUUCCUCUCCCUGCUACUAAUCGGAGGAGCUUACGACGUCGACGUCGGGGCUCGGAGUCCGAGCCCCGAUACCAUUCAUGUCGGGGCCAUUUUCUCAUUCGGCACGAUCAACGGCAGAGUCGCCAAGAUCGCAAUGAACGCCGCAGUCGAAGAUGUCAAUUCGGAUCCCAGAAUUCUUCGAGGCCACAAACUCGUUCUCUCGAUGCACGACUCCAACUACAGCAGCUUCCUCAGCAUAAUCGGAGCCUUGCAGUACAUGGGGAAUAAAACCGUUGCGAUUAUCGGUCCACAAGUCUCCGGGAUGGCUCACAUCCUCGCCCACCUCGCCAAGGAGCUUCACGUUCCGAUGUUGUCGUUUACGGCGUUGGAUCCGAGCCUCGCGUCUCUUCAGUACCCGUACUUCGUCCAAACCGCUCCCAACGAUCUUUUCCUAAUGAUCGCCGUAGCCGACGUGUUGAGUUACUACGGAUAUAGAGAGGUCGUCGUCGUCUACCCGGACGACGAACAAAAUAUGGGGACCAUAAUCGCUCUAGGCGAAAAAUUAGCCGAAAGGCGUUGUCGAAUCACCUACAAAGCGUUGCUUUCGCCGGGAACCUUAGCCACGAGCGACGAAAUUAUGCGCGAGUUGGUUAAGAUUUCGCUGAUGGAGUCGCGAGUGAUCAUCGUCCACGCCUUCGCCUCUGUCGGCCUCCUUGUGCUCGAGACGGCCCAGCGGCUCGGCAUGAUGGACAGGGGAUAUGUUUGGAUCGCCACAGCUUGGCUGUCGACGGUGUUGGAUUCGACCCGCGUUUCUUUCGAGAUUGCGGAAACUAUCCAAGGCGUCAUCACGUUUAGGCCGCACACGCCGGAUUCGGACAGGAAGAAGGCUUUCUCGUCACGAUGGCACAAGUUGAGCGAUGGCUCGGAUUACGUCGGGUUGAAUCCUUACGGUUUGUACGCUUACGACACGGUGUGGAUGAUCGUCGAUGCUGUCAAGACGUUUAUGGACCAUGGCGGGAUCAUAUCCUUUUCGAAUGAAUCGAAUUUUAAAGGCGCAACGGCCGGGGGGUUGGAUCUUGGCUCGUUAAGCCGGUUCGUCGAAGGAGAAAAGGUGCUGGACAUCAUACUUCGAACAAAUAGCACGGGAUUGGCCGGGCGCAUUGCGUUCGACGAUCAUAAGUCCAUCAUUCAGCCGUCUUACGACGUUUUGAACAUCGUCGGGAGAGGCUACAAGCAAAUAGGCUACUGGACUAAUUGCUCAGGCCUCUCCAUCGAGUCGCCGGAGACACUUUGCGCCGGGGGGGCUAAUCGAUCGAGGACUGAUAAGAAACUACGGAGCGUUAUAUGGCCGGGGCGAACGACGGUCAAGCCGAGAGGAUGGGUUUUUCCUCACAGCGGGCGACGUUUAAGGAUCGGUAUCCCGGAGAGGGUGAGUUACAAGGCGUUUGUGUCGAUGGACGAGAGUACGAACGAAAUCCGCGGAUAUUCGAUCGAUGUGUUCCUCGCAGCCGUAAACUUGCUUCCUUACGCGGCACCGUAUGAGUUCAUCUUGUUCGGAGAUAACCGCGAGAAUCCUAACUACACGGAGCUGGUGACGAAGAUCACUUCGAACGUCUUCGAUGCGGCAAUCGGCGACAUUGCGAUUGUAACGGAGCGUACGAAGCUCGUUGACUUCACCCAGCCGUACAUCGAGUCCGGCCUCGUUGUCGUUGUCCCGAUCCGGAAGUUGAACUCGAGCGCUUGGGCCUUUAUGCGCCCAUUCACUCCGUCGAUGUGGCUCGUCACCGGAGCGUUCUUCCUUAUCGUCGGGGUUGUCGUCUGGAUUCUCGAACACAAAAUAAACGACGACUUUCGCGGUCCGCCGAGGAAACAGAUCAUCACAAUCUUAUGGUUCGGUUUCUCGACAAUGUUUUUCUCGCAUAGGGAAAACACGAGAAGCUCACUUGGCCGGAUGGUUCUAAUCAUAUGGCUAUUCGUUGUUCUGAUCAUAACGUCAAGCUACACGGCGAGCUUGACCUCGAUCCUCACGGUGCAGCAAUUAGCCCCGUCGAUCCGAGGCAUUGAGUCCUUGAUCACGAGCAACGUUCGCAUUGGAUUCCAAGUUGGAUCAUUCGCCGAAGGCUACCUAACUCAAGAACUCCACAUUGCGAAAUCGAGACUCAUCUCUCUUGGCUCGCCGGAGGAGUACGCCGCCGCUCUGGACUCCGGCAGGAUCGCCGCGAUCGUUGACGAACGUCCCUACGUUGAGCUAUUCCUUGCAACCUACUGCAAGUAUCAGAUUGUUGGGCAAGAAUUCACAAAGAGUGGAUGGGGAUUUGCCUUCUUGAGAGACUCGCCGUUGGCGAUGGACAUGUCGACGGCGAUUCUGACAUUAUCGGAGAACGGCGAGCUCCAGAAGAUACACGAUAAGUGGCUGAACAAGCGCGCGUGUGGCGCGUCGACCACGGCGAACUUGGAACAGCUUCAAUUGAAGAGCUUUUGGGGGCUUUUCCUACUCUCCGGCUGCGCGUGUUUGCUCGCCGUUGCCAUUUUCUUCUGCAAAACGGUCUACAAGUUUAAAAGGGAUUACGUACCUCCCCAAUCGGAAAUUUCGUAUCAAAGUAGCUCGCGAUCGGUAAGGAUACAGAGAUUUUUGUCAUUUGUGAACGAGAAGGAAGUAGCCGAUUCGAGAAGCAAAUGGAAAAGAAAGCAUGCGGAUACAUUGCCGACGGGCGGCGCCGUGCACGAACUCGCCGGCGGCGGCAACAGGAGAAAUGAUUCCGGCGUCUUCCCCGACGGCUGAAGUUUACUUGAAAUUAGGGUUCCAAUAAUUAUGCUGUAUUAUUUCACUAAAAAUUGAUUAUUAAUAAUAGUAUGUAAAAUAUGGCACCGGUUAUUUUAUUAAA